UAUCGGAUCCCGGUCAUCAGAAGUAAUUCAAUGGCUUUCCUCCCGCCCGAGACUUGUAUGAUGGUCUGCAUUACCUUCGUGUUCGGCUCUGCGGGCAUCACUUCUGGUCUAUUUCUUCAAGUUGGAUCCGAGAGAAACCAUGUUCGGGAUUCGAUAGACGACGAGUGCAAUACCCUACUUGGGUUCCCUGCGGGUUUGUUUGGAUCCCUGCAGACGUCGACUUCAUCGGCACGGGCAGAAGGUCAACCCAGCAUUUCUGCAUUUCCAACUCGAAAACCUCAACUAGUUAUGAGUUAACCCACUCAGAUCUUGAUAUAUUGAUCCAGCCUUCUGUCACAAACUUCUAUGUCGUCUUCAAUAGGACAUCCACAAUUCUCGCCUCAUUAUUCUGCGACCCUCUGUUCGUCGACAUCCAUUCGUUCAGUACUGAUGGGGUGCCUCCACUACUAUCUCAUCGCAGAGUCUCCAUCCAUCUGCGCAACGGACCGACCGGGUGUAUCCACCUACGCUGUACCUUCAAAUAUCAAGUUCCUGUCUGGAUGCGGCUCGUCUCUGCCCUGUCAGUGACAAUUGAGUCCAAACCCCGAUGUACACAGGAAUCUCGAAGUCGCAGCCUACUGAGCACCGUCCACUUCCAAUCCAACAGGAAAUGGUAGAUCAACCUAUACCACUUUACAGGAUAACCACAAGAAGAGCUGUUCUGAACACCCUUAAUGGUCUUAUGUCGGGUUUCAAGGGCCUUUUCAAGCGGUGUAGGGCGA